AUAUAAUCUGAAGAUGGAUCAUAAAUUCAAUCGUGAAAACAACCUUUUGCAUUCGAAUAAGACUAUAUAAUAACCUCAUGUGGCCGGACACUUCCGUGAACCUCACGCAUAAGUUUUGGUGCAUAUAGUACAGUCUUUUCUUAUAAAUAUAUAUAUGAGUAAGAGAGAAGGAAGAUACAUUAGUACCAAUUAUCACUCACAAAUUUGAGACACAAUGGCAGCAAAAUCCUCUUGCUCCAUUUUCAUCAUCUCUUCAAUAUUAAUAUCAUUGUUGAUUAUCUCCGGCGAUGCUACCGCCGGAGACUUCGACGUGAGCAGUUGGAUUCCGGUGAAGUCCGCCGUAAACUGUGAAGGUUCAAUAGGGGAGUGUAUGGCCAGUGGUGAAUUCGAAAUGGAUUCGGAGAGCAACCGGCGCAUAUUAGCAACGGAUAAUUAUAUAAGCUAUGGUGCACUGCAGAGUAACAGUGUUCCAUGUUCUCGAAGAGGUGCUUCCUAUUAUAAUUGCAAAACGGGUGCUGAAGCUAAUCCCUAUUCACGUGGUUGCAGUGCUAUUACACGUUGCCGGAGUUAAUUAAUUAACGUCGAAUUGAUGUUAAUUAAUUACUUUUUCAUCUCAAUUUAUGUGACAUCUUUUGAAUUUCGAGAUUUCAUCCUAAAUUAUGAUCAAAAUUAAAUGAUUUGACUCUCGAAAGCCGAACGGUCCUACAUGAAUUGGGACAGAAAGGAGUAAUUAGUAAGUGUAAUUUGUUUUGAUUAAAUUUGUUGUUUGAAUAAUCUGGUUUACAUGUGAAAAAUGAAAAAUCCUGUGUUAUAUAUAUACACUAAAGUAGUAGUAUUUUCUUUUCAGUUGCAAGUCCAAUAAAGUGAUGAUAGUUGGUCUUCUGGCAGUUUGUGUUUAAUACUCAAUGUUUCAUUUGGUACAUGUAAAAUUCGUUUUCAAAUUGAAUGCUUUUGAGACAA